CAACACCGUACGUGGAUUCAACUCCGGCUUUUCUACUUUCAUACGCGUGCUCACGCCGUUACUUAUAGCGUUCCUAUAUCCAAAUAGCCAUCGUCUCACAUAUCGCUCGAUCGUCUCUAUCUCGCGGCGUUGCUAGGAGAUUUCAAUCGUUUCUUCCCUGCCCGUGGAAUCCUUUCCGCACGAUGGCGAUCAAUAAUUCGAAUCCGCGACACCAGCCGUGCUAUGUUUUGCACGACCACGGAAUGCCUUGCGUAGUUUGGUUCGAGGAUGCUGUCGCGUACUAUGGCGUCCCAACAGUUGUGUUCGACUUACACGUACUUGUAUCAGACAUUGAGACAGCUGCACAGGUGCUUAUCCAAAAUGGAUGGACCCUCGUUCCGCAAGAGAAGGGCAAAAUUGGAAAUGCAAACGUAGAUUACGCACAGCGUCGUCUAACACCACCAUCUCAAGAUAGUCACGACGCAGAACUAUCUAAGCCUCACCCGCACACCUCCAUACCGCCACCACCAAGUACGAAACCUCCGGGACCAACAACUACUGUCCUUCUUCCAGCUGCAGACUGGAAUUUCAACCUUGAAGAAUAUGCCCCAGAAAAUACAAAAACCCUGGUCACCACCAUCUUUCCUCCAAUAGCAGGCUUAUUAGACGCUUUGAUCGACAGCCUAUUAGAUUGCCCCUCCAAUAAUGAUAUACUUCAAACCCAUAUCGCCCUUCAAAUCGCCUAUCUGUAUGACUGGGCGCCCGUGCUGCAAGACCGGGCGUUUGCAGAACGCUUGAUGUAUGAGCAUCGUCAGUAUCAUUUCGAUGUCCUGUCUGGAAUGAGCCAUGGCACUGUACCGUUCAUCUCUCAUCAACGUAAUGUUCGAGAAGCAUUACGGCAAAGGACACAUGAGCUUCAAGAAUGCUCCGCUCUCGACAACAAAGCCUUGUUUAGUGGAGAAAGGGAGGCACAACUGUUAGCCUCAAUGCAUAAUCCUUUCCCUGAAAAGGAGGAAGAUUGGAAAGAAGAAGAUGGCUGGGAAGUUUAUAACCAUUUGGAGAAGAUUGAAGGCGUGGCGAAUGGCUACACCAAACCAGGCGACUUGGAGGAUAUCAAUAGGCAAGGGGCUUAAGGGCUUUGGUAGCAUGAAAACACUUCCCUAAGGGUCCAACAUGGGAUGGGAGAGGGGGUGCAGUGUUAUGUAGCUAAGUGCCUAUUCCAGCACCGGCUAGUCACUCGACGAACAAUUUUAACGUCACCGCUACGCUAUGUAUAGCUCACGCUGUUUUAUAAGACUUAGAAACUUCUU